AUGGCUCCCAAGUCGCUGAUAGCAACAUCGAGAGAGCGUAAGUUCUGCGAUCAGAAGCAAGUGCGCACUGAGGAAGGGAGCUAGCUGAUCAUGCCGCUUGCGAAUCCACGCACCUAGGCUACCUUAACACUAUCCGCUCUGUGCAACCAUCGACGAGAUGGAAGAUCCUGGUCGUGGACAACUUUGUACGCCAACAUUUGAAUAGCCUCUUGAAGCUGGACACCAUAUUGCGGGAGAAUGUGACGCUUGUGGAAAAUCUGGAGAAUGGCAACAGAGAAGCGCAGCCUAACUACGAGGCUGCGUACUUUGUAACGCCCACGUCAAGCAACAUCGAGAGGAUCAUCAGGGACCUGACACCUGAUCAUGCGACGGGAUCGACAAGGUACAGCGCGGGCCAUGUUUUCUUCGUUGAUGGUGAGUAAUGAAGUGGCUUCGAUGCCGAUGGGAACGGGCAAGGUCGUUCGAAAUAAGAAGACGGCUGGAAGGCCGCGCUCAUAGACUGUGGCCGAAUUCACCUUGAAUACAAUGACCGACGACCCUCCUGCUCGCAGCUCUCUCUGACACCUUGCUGCAGCGCCUGACGAGCUCACCCGCUGAGCCGCGCUUGCGGCAAGUCAUCGAAUUGUACAACAACUUCUGGGGUGCGUACAUGCGUGCCCUGCGCGUUCUGUUCCCUAUUCGGUGCUGACAAGAGUCCCUUCUUUUCCCUUCAUGCAAUGCAGCACUCGAGUCUCAGGUAUUCUCGUUAAAAACGCCAGAAUCAUUCUUCACCAUCUUUCAGCCUCCUGGAGGAGCAUGGGGAGUGGAUUCGGCCGAAGCCCUCAAAGGCAUCGAGGAGGAGCUGCAAUUCAGCGUGCAGACUUUGCUCAAUGUAUGCGUCUCUCUUAACGAGUUCCCCUUGAUACGAUACUACAAUCCUUCUCACCCGCCUUUGGGACCUCUGGCAAAUCAACAAGGAGAGUCGAGCGGGACGAUCCCCGCACCGGCGCCAACUUCCGCCUACGCCUCUAGCAUGCGCAUGGCCCGACUACGAGCGGGAGGCGACUCGAGCGCAGCAGGCAGGCCGGGUGCUGCGUCGGGUCCGGAUCAUUUCACCCGCAAGCUGGCGCUCCGAUUGCAAGAAGCCAUCGAUGACUAUGUAGCCGAUAAUCAGCCCAAGCCCGACUCGACGAGGCCAAGGGGUGUCUUGUUCAUUACGGACCGGACUAUGGAUACAGUGUCACCCUUCCUGCACGAAUUCUCAUACCAAGCAAUGGUGGCUGAUUUGCUGCCUCUCGAAGAAGACGGGACAGUCUAUUCGUACAAGUUCCUGAACGCUGUCGGCCAGAAGGAGGACAGAAGAGCACGAUUGUCCGACGAGGAGAGCGUGUGGAGAGCAAUCAGGCACCUUCACAUUGCCGAGGCAAUCGACAGGUUGACGAAGGAUUUCACGCAGCACGCAGGAACCGCAGCAGCUCAUCAAAAUUCGAGCAGUUUGCAUGACAUGAGGGACAUGCUCGCAACUCUGCCUGAGAUGCAAGAGACCAAAGAGGCGUUGAGUCUGCAUUUGACUAUGGCACAGGAGUGCAUGAACAUCUUCGAGAGAAGCAGACUACCACAGCAGGCCAUGGUCGAACAGAACUGUGCAACGAGGACAACGCCCGAUGGAGCGAAACCGCGGACCUUGGUCGAGGAUAUGGUGCCACUAUUGGAUGAUCGAGAGAUCAGCAACGCGGACAAGGUCCGUAUCAUCGCGCUUUACAUCAUGUAUAGCGAAGGCGUUCCGGACGAGGACCGGAAACGCCUGUUUCAGCACGCCAGGCUGGGUCUGCACGAGAUGGACGCAGUGGACAAUCUGGUGCACUUGGGGGCUAGAGUACUCAAGGAUCCCCAGAACAGUGGGUGGGACGCGUGGUUCAAGAAGGGCAAGAGGAGGCAAGCGCCGGGCGAGAACGAGUACGAGCUGAGCAGGUACCAGCCUUUGGUCAAGCUCAUGCUGGAGGAUCACUUUGCGGGAAGGCUGGACCAGACCACCUACCCCUACGUCAAGGAUGCGCCCCCCGACUUUGCGUCCGCAUCUUCACUUAGCGCAGCGAGCACCGGAGGACUGGGCAGCCUGAGAGAUGCGGCAUCGGCCAUCUCAAGGGGCGCAAGCCCUGCUUUGACCGGCAAUGCGGCUGCGCCCCGAGGACCCCCGACUAGCUUGAGAUCCGCAAAGCCCACGUGGGCCCAGAAAGGCAGAGGUGGAGGACACAGUGGGGGCAGCAGCAACCAUGCGGAACGGGCUGACAUUACAAGGCAGAGAGUGCUCGUGUUCGUUGCUGGUGGCAUGACUUACUCUGAGGUCCGCAGCGCCUAUCAGGUCUCAGACAGGUUGGCCAAAGACGUCUACAUUGGUGAGUCAAACCCAUAGAGAAGAGCUCUGCGCGGGAACACGCGACUCAUUCUGACAUCUUGAUGCCCUUUCAGGCUCUUCGCACAUCUUUACUCCUGCUUCCUUCCUCGACUCGCUGAAAAGAUUCGGCAAGGCAAGUGGAGCUGGCGCACAUCAUCACCAAGGUGCAGGCCAGCAUCAUUCCGGCGGUCGAUCUGGCCUUGCGAGCGGUCUUCCGACCGGCGCCAAUCAAUUUUCCAAGCCGGACAACGAUGCGAGCGGCUUGCGAUCUAGUGCUGCCGCUGCGCGCUCCGGUCGAGGAGGAUCUCGUCAGUAUGCAGAUUAUGGAGAUGGCGCACCUCAGCAGGGUUACGGAGGCGGGCGCAAUGGCCAUUCAGCCUCGGUACCAGCUCAACGAUUCGAGGCUGAUCAAGGAGCAUACGAGCGUCGCUAUGGGGGAGGAGCUGCGCCUGCUCCGCACGACACUACUAAUCACGGAUAUGGACAAUCGAGCGCUCAAUCAAACCACAGCUCGGCUUCUCGGCCGCAAGCUUCACGUGCUCCUCAGACAUAUGGACCAUCUUCGAGCGCUUCUUUGUACAACUCGCACCAUCAGGCCUCGGGCGCCGUUUCGACGUCGGGUCACGGGUCUGCAGACGGCAGGUCCCUUAGUCCAGCUCCUUCCGCUACUUAUUCCAUCCAAAGCAACCCUGUCGGAGCAGCUGGCAAGGAGAAAAAGAGGCUCAAGGUGAGUCGCGCGCCCUCAGGAUGGAUGUAGGAUGCGGCUGUGGGAAGAAUUGCUGCUGACUACUGAUUGCCGGCUUUGUCACAGAAUUUGUUCUCUUCCAAAAAGUAA